GGAAAGCAGGAUCAUCUGUUCCCAGCCAUGAUGCAGACAGGGACCCUGGUUGUGCUGUGGGCUCUGGCAGGCUCGGCCCUGUUGCUGGUUGUGUCAGCCAACCAAGAGCAGUACGAAAGGUUUCUUCUCCAACACGUUGAUGCCAAUCCGAGUGGCCGGGAUGACAAGUACUGCAAUGACCGAAUGCGCUACAUGCUGAGGAGGGACCACAGGGAGAACAACAGAGAAGGACCGAUAAUCUGCAAGACGACAAACACCUUCAUCCAUGAGAACACAAAUGAUAUCAGGGCUGUGUGUGCUGAGGAGGACAUCGGUGGAGGCUUGCACAAAAGCCGGAGGAGCUUCCAGAUCACCACCUGCAAGGCUCACGGAAACAAGUCCCUUCAGAACUGCAGGUAUCGGGCCACCCGCAGCUACAGGGAUAUCGUCAUCGGCUGUGAUGAGGAAGGUUUCCCGGUGCAUUUGGACGAAACCCGCAUCCGAGUGCGUAGGGGAGGGGGUGCUUCUGGCUCUUCCUGACCUGCUCCUGGGUCUCCUGGACCUGGGGCCCCUCCACUGAAAUGUCCCAGUCGCUUUCCAUAACCGUAAUUCUGCAUUGCUGCCCGUUCCCACCCUGCGGCCCCCUUUGCCCAGGAUACAGUAGAGCUGCCUUUCCCUGUUCUCCCCGUCUCGUGCCCCUUCACUUCCAUUGCACAGUACAGCAGCCCCUUGCCUUGGGUGUCUCAGACACUGACCUCCUACGAUCCAGGAGGAGCUUGAGCAGAGAGUUUCCCCUGCCUCUGCGAGCCUCUGAUUCAAUGCAAGCAGGUCCAUGCCUGGUCCCUGUUCGGGGCUCUAUGCUCUUGCAUACCUU